UUAAACAUCACCCGGAAGUACAGUACUUCGUCGAUGUCAAUUAUUUGUUUGUUGUCAGUAAAAUCACCGAUAGAUGAGUAGAAUAUCUUUGGUAAAAGUAAUUGCAUGUGUAAAUGUUGGCUAUCUAUAGAAAACGGGUUUAGUUUGCUAGCUAACUAGUAUAGUAUUAGCUAGCUUGCAUGCAGAUAUCAACCUUUUUAGCCACGUUGUAAGCGCUUAGUGUAUAUUCUAGGCUUGGUCACUAUCUAACCUUACCAUCAAACUCUUUAGCUAUCUAACAGUAGCUUGUUCCAGUGGCUAUUCUUCUUUGCAAACUAGCUAUGGAUAACAUUAUUGAUCCAGCAUCAGAACAAGAUCUCCCUUCUUUCUCCUUGCGUCUCCUGGUUCCACCUCUACGCCUGAUGUCUGCUUUCAUGUGGCAAGUGGCUCAACAACGUAAUGUGAUGCAAUAUGGGAAGCUGGAGGAGUUUGUGACUUUUGUGACAGAGAUGGUUCCAGAGCUGCUGAGCUCCAGGCAGAGGACCCAACUCAUUAUAGGACUGAGAGCAAGGAUGGUUUUAGAGUUGUGUUGCAGUGCGGGCAGAGCUGACCUCCUGACCAUCCAGGCCCACCUGGACAUAAUCCACACUUUGACAGAAAAAUCCUUACACAAAGAAAGUCAUGGUGAUGAAUUGGAGGCUUCAGAUUCUAACUUUGUGGAGCUAGUCCAAACUCUGCUGGGAGACCCUUCUGAGAGGGAGCAUUUCUUCCAGGAGGUGUUCCCAGUCCACUAUGGCCCUCUGUAUGACACAGCGCUGCAGACACUGGUGUGGGAGUUCCUCUCCAGACUGGGGGAGCUGCUGCCUGUACCAGACCUCACGCAGACAACAGCAUGGCUCAGUGCUGCCCCCUCUGUCCUGGAGGAAUGUGGACAGACUGUCUUUGACCCUGAACAACUGAAGACAGUGCUGCAGCACCAUCAGCGUCAUGGAAACAUGAACAAGAGUCAUGCCUCUAAAUACACUGCAGAUACCAUCCUGUCCACACUGUCCCUCCCUCCAAAAAUGAGAGUUGUUAUUAACUAUGAGCCAGACAACUCUGACAAUGGGAGGCAAUACUCAGAUGAAUGCAUAGAUAAUGGGGUCUGUGAAAAUGAAGACCACAAUGAAAUCCUGGAUGAAAGCACUGAUAGAUGUUGGGAGGAUCUAGGACUGUCAACAUCAGAGCAACAGGAGGGUCUGCCACCUGCAGAGACCUCAGUGUUGGUUACUCCAGUACCCUGUGAUGAAUUUAACUUGGAUCAUUCUCUCAACGUAAUGGUGAAUGCUGACGAGCCAUCCCAGGUUCUUAACUGCACUCUACCUCCAUUCUCUCACGGUGAAGUGGCCAACCUCUGCAAGGACAUCAAGACCGACCAAGUAGAAAAGGACAGAAAGCAGGUUGACAAGAAUACAAAGGUGGUCAGAAAGGGGGACAAAAAGAAUGAGAUCAAACAGGUUGACAAGAAAACAAAGGUGGUCAGAAAGGGGGACAAAAAUAAUGAGAUGAAACAGGUUGACAAGAAAACAAAGGUGGUCAGAAAGGGGGACAAAAAGGUUGACACGAAACAAGAGGGAUCCCCUGUACCCCAAAACAGGACUCAUACAUGUGAGUGUGGGAAGGUUUUCAAAAAACCAUCACUGCUGACGCUACAUAUGGGAGUUCACACGAUGCCAUAUCAUUGUGACCAGUGUCCCAAACGAUAUGCUACUCCUGGGGCUCUGAAAAAACACCAGUUACUUCACACAGAAGAAAGACCAUUCGCAUGUGAACACUGUGACCGGAGGUACAGGAGUGCAUAUGAUCUCAAAGUGCACGUACGCAUUCACUCUGGGGAGCGCCGUCACAUGUGUACCAUCUGUGGUAAGAGGUUUACCCAGCAGUGUGCACUAGUGAGACACAUGCGAAUGCAUGCUGGGGAGAAGAAUUACUUAUGUAGCAUAUGUGGUAAGGCAUUCCUUAGCUCAGGAGAACUGCGUCUGCAUACACGAACGCACACAGGAGAAAACCCCCACACCUGUAAACAUUGUGGAAAGGGUUUCAAAGCAUCUUGCCAUCUUAUGGUUCAUCUGCGAUCUCAUACAGGCGAGCGUCCUUACACCUGCACCCAAUGCCCCAAGUCUUUCACUACUUCAGACGCUCUUAGAAAGCAUGUAUAUACUCACACUGGGGAGAAACCUCACCGGUGCUCAGAGUGUGGGAAAACAUUUACUCAAAGGGGUAAUAUGGUAAAUCAUAUGAGAAGAGUUCAUCGACCGGUUAAGAUUCUCCAAAAGCAGUCCAACAGAAAGACAGACAAAGUCUCAUAAAAAGAUCGAAGAGAUCGAAAGAAACCAUGUAGGAGUUAAUUCCAAUGUAAAUACUAGUACUAUACACAUGAUUUUUUGUAUAUCAGAUUAUCAUACUAAUAAUCAUUUCAAUAAAUUUCUUCAGAUUUGUCAUGUCUACACAUGAUAUUUGAGACUACAAAUAAUGAUAAUGAUUUUAGAAGCGGGAUUAUGAUUGACCCAAUUUAAACGGUUUAAAAACUUCUUAGGGCUGAGAUCCUGUUAAUGGGAUCGAUAUGACAACAGCCAGUGAAAGUGCAGGGAGCCAAAUUCAAACAGAAAUCUCAGUUAAAAAUCCUCAAACAUACAAGUAUCUUAUACCAUUUUAAAGGUAAUCUUCUUGUUAAUCCCACCACAGUGUCCGAUUUCAAAUAGGCUUUACAGCGAAAGCACCACAAACGAUUAUGUUAGGUCAUAAUCAAGUCACAGAAAAACAGCCAUUUUUCCAGCCAAAGAGUGGAGUCACAAAAAUCAUAAAGAGAGAAUUAAUCAUUAACCUUUGAUGAUCUUCAUCAGAUGACACUCAUAGGACUUCAUGUUACACAAUACAUGUAUGUUUUGUUUGAUAAAGUUCAUAUUUAUAUAAAAAAAAUCUCAGUAUACAUUGUUCAGUAGUUCCAAAAACAUCCAAUGAUUUUGCAGAGAGCCACAUCAAUUUACAGAAAUACUCAUUAUAAAUGUUGAUGAAAAUACAAGUGUUAUACAUGGAACUUUAGAUAAACUUCUCCUUAAUGCAACCGCUGUGUCAGAUUUCAAAAAAGCUUUACGGAAAAAGCAAACCAUGCAAUAAUCUGAGUACGGCACUCAGAGACCCAACAUGCCAAAAAGACAUCCGCCAUAUUGUGCAGUCAACAGAAGUCAGAAAUAACAUUAUAAAUAUUCACUUAUCUGAUGAUCUUCAUCAGAAUGCACUCCCAGGAAUCCCAGUUCCACAAUAAAUGUUUGUUUUGUUCGAUAAUGUCCAUCUAUGUUAAAAUAGCUACUUUUGUUAGCGUGUUUUGUAAACAAAUCCAAAGUCACGAAGCGCAUUCACUAGGGGCAGACGAAAUGUCAAAAAGUUCCGUUACAGUCCGUAGAAACAUGUCAAACGAUGUAUAGAAUCAAUCUUUAGGAUGUUUUUAAUAUAAAUCUUCAAUAAUGUUCCAUCCGGAGAAUCCUUUGUCUGUAGAAAAGCAAUGGAACGGGAACUACCUCUCACAUGAACAAGCGUCACGAGUUUGUGGCACUCUGCCAGACCACUGACUCAAAGAGCCCUUAUGAACCCCUCCUUUACAGUAGAAGCCUCAAAUAAGUUUCUAAAGACGGUUGACAUCUAGUGGACGCCUUAGGAAGUGCAACAGGACCAAUAUCCCACUGUAUCUUCAAUUGGGAAUGAGUUGAAAAUCAACCAACCUCACAUUUCCCACUUACUGGUUGGAUUUUUCUCUCAGUUUUCUUGCCUGCCAUAUGAGUUCUGUUAUACUCACAGACAUCAUUCAAACAGUUUUAGAAACUUCAGAGUGUUUUCUAUCCAAAUAUACUAAUAAUAUGCAUAUAUUAGCAACUGGGACUGAGUAGCAGGCACUUUACUCUGGACACCUUAUUCAUCCAAGCUACUCAAUACUGUCCCCAGCCAUAAGAAUUUAAACCUCCAGAUUCCUUUACAUUUGUAAAAUAUGGAGAAACAAUGCAUCCCCAACUACCUCCAGAGGUUUUCAGGAAGAUUUGAUCGCAUUCGGUUCAUGAUGUCUUUUUAAUUGCCUACACUUCUAAAAAUGUGGGCACAAUCAGAAUGUUGAAAAUCAGAACGUAUGUUAGAGCAAGGUAUAAACGGGCUUGAUUCAAUCUGUAUUGCAGAAUGAUCACAGAAGAUUUGCAUUAUAGCUCGAUUAAAAUUUAAAGGCAAAGUUACUGUGUUUGCGGAGACUGCUUUCACGGAAAAUGCUGCAUAUGUCGACUCAAUCGGAAAUAACCUUUAAAUUUGAGCACAGAUCUUCUGUGAUACAGAUUGAAUCCAGCCAGUCUAUACAUUUCUCUCCCAGAUUUGCAAAACCAGUGGUGCAAAGUUUGAGGUCCAGGGUUCAAAUCCAUCUUUUCUUGUUUGUUGGGUUAUAGAGAUAUACAAUGACUCAACAAAUCUACCAAUCCAAGUGGUGCAUUAGGAUUGUUCCAAGACACAAAAUCAUGUUUGGACAGACAAAAUUGUAGCUUCUAAUCCUCUGUUCCUUAUUUCUUUACAUUAGGUAAUAUCAUUCAUUGAAUGAGUCAGCUGUGCCAUAAUAUUAGUGCUGCAGGACAACAAAACAAUUUCUUGCAGUCAAAGUUCAAAUAUUGUCUUUUUAUUUGAGUUGAAAUCCGCUACAACAGAAAACAACACAAGGACAAACUUUCAACACUGGUUUAAAUGUAUUAAGCAUUUCAUAUUACAAUGAUGUCAUAGACGUGGCAAAGGCAUUUCUCUCGGAUGUUUGUGGGGAAAAGUAGAACAUGACAUUCUCAUACAUGACAGCUCCGUCUGACAUGUUGGCAAAGUUUCCUCCCAAUCAUUUACACUUUGGGCUGGUUUCCCGGACUCAUCGUCAGCCUAGUCUUAGACUAAAAACUGUUCACGGGAGAUUCUCUCCAUUGAACGUUCUUCUCAAUCCAAAACUAGGUUUAAGGCUGGAUUUAAUCCGUAUCGCUGAAGAGCUGCGCCACAGAGUUUCUAAACCCAGAGACUUCUGGGAAUGCUUGUGAAACAGACCAAGCAAACCAGGCUGGGGUUUGAGAAGUCAAUGCGAGAAGUGAAAAAUUAUGAAUUAGUUGUUCUCAAUUUAAAGGCAAAACAUAGCUUCGAGACAAUAUCUUAAGUAGUUGAACAUGUUAUUACUCCAACAUCGUGAAAGUGUCAAACUAACACGUUUACAUUUUUGUGCCUUUGAUUUGAGGCCUGCACAUGCGCAGUACGGUGCGAGACGACCGUUAGACCUGAUGACGUGUUUCUGCACAGAGCAUAGCUAGCCAAUGUCGCCAUGACAUCGCCAACAAGUAUGGUCAGGGAUUUCUUUUGGAGAAGCAGUUUGCACCUACGUUACUGUCUUUGGCUGCACAAUAGAGAUGUAAAGGCAAUGUUCCCGAGUUUGUGGAGACCACAUUCAUGGUAAACGCUGCAUAUGUCGGCCCAAUCAGAAAUGAUAAACAUUUAAACUGCACUAGAGCGCUACAGAAUGAAUCCAGCCCUUAAU